CACAUUCGUCAUUUCUCUCUCUUCUUCUUCUUCUUCUUCAAAGCCGAAGGAAGAAGCCAAGCCAGCGUUGAGAUGGGAACUCCAGAAACAUCUCGGGAGCCGUGCCCGGACAGAAUCCUCGACGACGUGGGCGGAGCCUUCGGGAUGGGGGCCGUCGGAGGGGCGGCCUUCCACUUCAUCAAAGGCAUCUACAACUCCCCCAAGGGCGCGCGUCUCGUCGGAGGCUCCCAGGCCGUCCGCAUGAACGCCCCCCGCGUCGGCGGAAGCUUCGCCGUCUGGGGCGGACUCUUCUCCACCUUCGACUGCACCAUGGUCUACCUCCGCCAGAAAGAGGACCCCUGGAACUCCAUCAUCGCCGGCGCGGCCACCGGAGGCUUCCUCCAGAUGCGGCAGGGCCUCGGCGCCACCGCGAGGUCCGCCGCCAUGGGAGGGGUUCUGUUGGCCCUGAUCGAAGGCGCCGGGAUCAUGCUCAACAAAAUCAUGAGCGAGCAGCAACAGCAGCAGCAGAUGGUGAUGGAGGAUCCUGGUGCUGCUCUGCCUGGGAUGCCGCAGAUGGGCGGGCCUCCCGGCUCGGAAGAAACCUCCUCCGUUGGGUCGUGGUUGGGAGGGUGGUUUGGGAAAGCCAAAGAGCCUGAGCCGGCCAGCAGCGGAAGCGAGACGAAGGUCCUCGAGAGUUUUGAUGCGCCUCCAGUGCCCUCUUUCGAGUUCAAGUGAUUCUUAUUCAUUCAUGUGGUAAGGAAAGGAGGGUUUUUGAUUAGAAAAGCUAAGUAGUUGUAUUUAUUGGACUCAGGGAUUUGGGUCAAGUUGGGAAACUAGAGGUUUUUAUUGCUAAUUUUGCUUUGAACCAGAUGUUUUGUAUGUGUUCUAUCUUUAUUUAUCUUUUAAAUAAUCAUACUGUAUUUUUUACAA